AUGCCCAAAAGAAAGGCUGAAGGGGAUUGUAAAGAAUAUAAUGCCAAGGUAAAAGAUGAGUUACAAGUAGGAUAUUCAAGGUUGUCUACUAAAGCUGUUCCUCCAAAGCCAGAUCUGAAGCCUGAAAAGACCCCUGAAAAGAUGGGAGAGAAGGUACUCAAGGAGAAGAAGGGGAAAGCUGAUGUUGUUAAGGAUACAAAUAAUCUUGUGGAAAAUGGAGACACCAAAACAGACCAGGCACAGAAAGCUGAAGGUGCUGGAGAUGCCAGAAGUACACAGUUAUCAGAAAUGCACACACCUCACUUGGCAUCUCUAGCACCUUCCUCCUGUUGGCUCCCAGAAGAGUUGCCAUGGUGUUGA